AUGAUCGGCUUCCAGACGGACCCGCAGUACAGGGAUUGGAGCGGCUGGGUCUAUGUGGAGAUGGUCUUUGCCCUCUUCCUGGUCCUCGAGAUCCUUCUGCGAAUGUGCGUCCUUGGCUGGGUCGGCUACUGGUGCGGACCCGAAAAGUACUGGAACUGGUUCGACAUCUUCCUGAUGACGACUGGCCUGUCAGACAUUAUUGUCCAGCUGGCCGGCGCCACGUCUGACAUCGCUGGAACCUUUAAAAAGGCAACAUCCAACGGUUUCCUCUACUUGCUACCUGUGUUGUAA